AUGGCUAAGGUGUUUAACGUCGCAAUCAUUGGCUAUGGGAUAUCGGCGAAGAUAUUCCACAUACCUUUCAUCAACGCCACGCCCAGGUUCAAGCUAAUCAGCAUUGUCCAGAGGCGUCCGCGGCUUGGAAACUCUGCCCCAGAUGACUACCCUACAAUCAAGCAUUACACAAAUAUCGGAGACAUGCUUGAUGACACCGACGUGGAGGUGGUCGUGGUGACGACUCCGCCCGACAGCCACUUCCACUUUAUUAAGAGCUCACUAGAGUCUGGAAAACACGUCCUCGCAGAAAAGCCGUUCGUGCCUACAUCGAAAGAAGCCGAAGCUCUCAUCUUGAUCGCUAGAAAGCACGGCCGAUUGCUCACCGUGUACCAGAACCGUCGCUGGGACCUCGAUUUUCUCGUCGUCAAAAACCUGGUCGAGAAUGCUUCUCUGGGCCGCAUAUGGGAGUUCAACACCCAUUUUGAUCGAUACCAACCAAAUCCCAGGACAGCUUGGGCUGGCGAACUCACUAUUGCCUCAGCUGGCAGCGUCGUAUUCGAGCUCGGCACCCACCUUAUUGAUCAGGUCUAUUCUCUGUUCGGCAUGCCAUCGGCUGUUAGGGCCCGCAUGUGGGCCCAUUCGCGAGGCGAGAUUGAUCUUGGUUGUCCCGAUGCUCUCUCCGCUGAACUGGUCUAUCCGACGGGCCUCUCCGCUAAUAUUCGCAUCAGCAGUCACAGCACCGAAGCGCCCCAAACGCGAUUUUGGAUUCGUGGUACGAGCGGAAGCUACCACAAACUUGCCUUAGACCCCCAAGAAGACCAGCUCUCUUCAGGGAUUAGUCCUACAGACCAUGGCUAUGGCAUAGAGGGGCCGGAGAAGAGCAAACUAAUCAUUAUUCGUGAUGGGUCUCCAGUGGAGCAUCCUACACCCAGUGUGAACCCUCUCACGUACCUGGAGUUCUAUCGUCAGUUUGCUGCCGCUGUUGAAACUGGUCAGGAAGACAUCAUUCCUGUUACUGCGUCUGAAGCGAUGGAUGUCCUGAAGAUCAUCGAAGCCAUCAUUGAAAGCGCAAAGACCAGUCGCGACGUUGUAGUCUAG